UAAGCUCCCCUGAUGCGCGCUCCACUACAGAGGUAGUCUCCCCUGAUGCGUGCUCCACUACAGAGGUAGCCUCCCCCGACACGUGCUCUCCUGAACAGGUAGCCUCCCCCGACACGUGCUCUCCUGAACAGGUAGCCUCCCCCGACACAUGCUCUGUGUCAGAUCUCACGUCGCAGCAGUCGUCUGCGGAUGACAGCACACGGAUGCCAUCGGACGCCGACGUCGUAAACGACGCUGCCUCCUCAACGGCCGCCCCGCAGGCUAACGGCGAUGCGACGGCGCCCCCUGGCAGCAGCCCUCCGCCGAUCACCUGCCCGGCGGACUCCGUCGAACAGCCGGACACGACGCAAGCACCACCUGGCGGGUCGGCGUCGCCUGCAGCGGUCAUGCAGGUGUCGCUGAACGGGUCGACCGACGUGCCGCUGACGGCGUCGUUCGUCAUGCAGGCGCCCCCUGGCGGCUCCAGCGGCGCUCGACCGAGUCUCAGCGUGAAUUCGUUUGCGAGCGUGAAUAGCAGCAGCUUUGUGUCGCCGGCGUCGGACGGCUGGGAGUUUGUGGACGACGAUCCGCCGCUCGGCGUACCUGUAUGACCCGUGGCGCGUCCUGCUGGUGUGUCUCUAUGACCCGUGGCACCCCCUGCUGGUAUAUCUGCAUGACCCGUGGCGCCUCCUGCCGGUAUAUCUGCAUGACCCGUAGCGCCACCUGCUGGUAUAUCUGCAUGACCCGUGGCGCCACCUGCCAGUAUAUCUGCAUGACCUGUGGCGCCCCCUGCUGGUGUACUUGCAGAAACCUUGACGUCUCCUACUGAUAUAGCUUCAUGACCCGUGACACCUUCUGCUUGUAUAUAUACCUGUAUGAUGGGCAGCAGCUACCAGCAUACCGGUAUGUGACAUGUUGGGCUCCUUGCUUCUAGCUCUGCGGCGCACAGCUAGUUGUGCCUUGGUACCUUCAUGUGGUUUCUUGGUACCUAGUCACAGAACAAAAGUGUGAUUGGUCUACCAGGGGAAAUUACCAUAGUGUGCUACUACCCUCUGGCAUUAUAUGGUGCUGUGAAGAUGGUCACUGUGAAACGUGCUGCCUAUUGUCAGAGGGAAUGCUGGGAUCAGAUGGAAGAGGGAAGGUGCUAGUCAUCGCAAUCAGUAGUGGUUUAUUAAUCAACACAUUAGUAUGUAAAGUAUAUCGCUGGCAAGUACUAUGUGCGUGUGUGUGCGUGUGUGUGCGUGUGUGUGUGUGUGUGUGUGUGUGCCCAAGUGUGCGUGCGUGCGUGUGUGUGCCCGUGUGUGCGUGCGUGCGUGCGUGUGUGUAUACAGUACUUACAUAUUCACAGGGUGUUAUCUUUUAUUCAUCAUCUCUAGGUGGCAUUGCUGAGGCAUUGUUCCAGUCUUGCUGCACAUAAUGUAACAGGUUACUUGAUGUCUUGCCCCUUGGUCAUUUCUCUUUUACCAAGUUCUUCUGUGAUCAAUAUUGAAAAUCAAAACCAACAGGGUUCAGUAUAUUUGCACGACAUUAUUAAUUGUGAAAACACCAGCAGUGGUGUGGCAAUGAAAGAUGAAAAUAAUUUUCUAUUUGUCAUUCUUUGCAGUCUUCGUGCAUAAUUUGUACAGCAUGCCAUUUUCGAUCUAUAUUUAGUGAAUGUUUGUUUUCUAGGAAAGUAGCCAAGGUUCUUAGGGGCUUUGCUUCUUCAUUAUUGUGAUAUAUUCUGUGUGGCACAGCGUUUUGUAAUAUAGGUCAGCGAUAUACAAGUAAUGAGUAACACCCAAGAAGAACCAGUGAGGAGGGAUUCCAAUUUUAACUUUAAUCCAUCAGAAUUGGAGGUUCAGCCUAUUUUAGAUCACCGUGUACAUGCAUAUAGCAGUGUAGAUUAGCAGCUCUUUGCAUGUAGCGAAAUUUACAGCACACAAAAACGUAGUUAGUAAUUCCAGAUCUGUUGCGUAGUUGUUAGUUUGAUGCUUUGGCAUGAAAACCAUUUGGCAAGAGAAUUAUAGAUGUUGAUCAGCAUUGUGUACAGGAUGAAGUACAUACCAAUGUCAGACUGUUGUCCUACAUUUUUGACGAUGUUAGAUAUGAAACUUCUAAAUACGUAUUUUUAUGCGUACUACAACACGCAUUGACGUUUGUGUACGUGUACUUAUCUGCCUUGUUUAUGCCCACCCAGUCUAGAAGGCAAAGAAAUGCCACGCACAGACGAAAGUAAAUGAGACCCUAUUUGUUAGCCACUUGGCUAUGCCAGUAGUUUGCACUGGAUGAUUUCAGGAGAAAACCUGGAAUUGACCUUGCACAAUAGCACUUGUGUAAAUUGUGAGAUGUCUGUGAUAAUUGUUUUAGAUUUUUUUUUAUGCUACUGUAAGGAGAGGAUUAAUUUUAUCCAGUCUACUAAUUGCAGUGUUAUUCUGUGAGAUUACGAUGCACAGAAAAUGGAGGCCUUUUACAUUCUGUAAUCAUUGUAUUGUAAGUAUUGGAUCUCUCGAUGGCAGUGUAACAUGCUACUUGUAAAUACUUGGAUUUACCUCCAUCCAAUAGUGGCAUUCUCAACAAUUAUAUAAACUAUGUAAAAUGGUAUUUAAACUUGACUGCAAGAAUGAAAUAACAUUGAGCACAGAUUCGGCACAUUCAGAAGAUGUGCUUUCGGUUGCUUCACAGCUUGGGUGUAUGUACAUAGUUUUGUUGUUGGAUACAGUGAUUUGUUUUGCAAGCAGGUAGGCUAUUUUUGUUUUUAAUCAUAGUGCUUUGAAAUUGAAGGUUACAAAUAUACAACUAUUGUAUUUAUUAUACUGACAAAGAAAUGAUUGUGAAUAAAAAUGUUAUUAUAUUGACAGAAAA